GAAAUGUGUUCAUACGAGUUCUUCAUAACGAACUGAACUACUGAAUGCCAGUUUCUCCGAGUACAAACUCAUUUAAAUUUUAAACCAGACUUAAAUUCAGGUGGACACAUCGUUGAUUGUCUCCGCCUCUUUCUGAACACUCGCAAUUGGCGUUGCUGCUUUGCUAGUUUAGCUACGCAAGAGGAAAACAUGGAAUUUGGGCAAAGCUCGGGCUCUUCCAGCGACGACGUCAUCUGGGCCAGACUCGUACCGGUGGGCUCAAGUAGUUCCGAGAUUGAGCUGAAGUUGAAUGAGACUGUUAUAUGCUCAGAGGUAUCCACUUGGGAGAAACCCGCAUGGUGCAAAAUCACAAGAGGUGGGGAUAUGGUUUCUGCAAAAAUACAAAAUAUCAGUUCAAACGUCAUCCUUGUUGAUGAGACGGUUGUUCUGGAUGAACAAACUGCGAUGAUCAAGUGUGGCAGUGAAAUUGCAUUGAGCCUUUCUACCAAGGGCUCUUUAAAGUACAGAUUUGAGGUAAUGCCUGCAGAGGAACCUUGCAAACAUCUAAAGGUCUCUGUUGAUGUAGAACAUGCAAAAUGCAGCAUUUGUUUAAACAUAUGGCAUGAUGUUGUCACUGUUGCACCUUGUCUUCAUAAUUUUUGCAAUGGAUGCUUUUCAGAGUGGCUAAGGAGAUCCCAAGAGAAAUGUUCAAGUGUUAAAUGUCCUGAAUGUAGAGCCGUUAUUCAGUUUGUAGGAAAAAACGCCUUCUUGCAUAAUAUGGAGGAGAAUAUACUGCAAGCUGAUCCCUCUCUGAAGCGUCCUGAUGAGGAUAUCAAACUUAUAGAGUCUUAUGCCUCCAUAAAUUCACCACUUGUUCUUAACAGUGGGAAAAAAUCCAAAAAGAAGAGGGCACACUCUCCAUCAGAUGAUGCCAGUAUAUUGGGGCUUCCAUGCCUUCAAUGUGGCACUGAAAUCCGGGGGUUCCAAUGUAACCGAAGCACAGUUCAUUUACAAUGCCAAGCAUGUGGAGGGAUGAUGCCUUUGAGAUUGAAUGCUGGUGUACCGCAAAACUGUGUAGGAUGUAAUCGAGCAUUCUGUGCUGCUUAUUGGCAUGCUCAGGGAGUUAAUGGAAGUGACUUGCAGCCUGUUUGCAGUCCUGAAUCGUUCAAACCUAUAAAAGAUCGUACAAUCACUCAAAUGCCAUCUAUCACGCAUGAGAAUAAUCUGCAUGAACAACAGAUCACUGAAAGAUGUAUUGCGAAAAUGGGUAAAUCAUUGCAAGAUGUGGUCUCUGACUGGAUUGUGAAAUUUGAUAAUAAGCAGAUAGACCGAACAAGAAUGACGCUGAACCAUGCCGAGACCAUAACCUCUCGCACAUGUUGUUGUAGUGAGUGCUAUGAGAAGAUAGUUGCAUUUCUGUUGUACUGGUUUAGGGUCACUCUACUAAAGCAUAGUAUGACAGCAGAAGACUCACAGAGGGAAGACUGCUGGUAUGGGUAUGCAUGUCGCACACAGCACCAUAACGAAGAACAUGCACGCAAAAGAAACCAUGUCUGUCGUCCAACAAGGGGCAGACACAUGUAGGACCCUCAUGUUUUCUCGAGUCGUGAUGAUUCACAGUAUUUCUUGUAACAGAAGAUAUGAUGGUAAUAUUGGUAUAUGCAGUGGUUUGUAGUGAAGGUAGUAGGUAUUAUUAUCGCAAAGAUGAAUGCAUUUUUAUUCAGAGUUUCUGCGGUCCUGUUCCAUUCUGCAAUGAGGCUAAUGGACAUUUCCGAACUCUAUCCUAAUUUUAAUUUUAAGUUUCUUCAAAAAGGUUUAUCCGAAGUUCUGAAAUCUCUAGCCUAGUUUUAUUUUAUGCUGUUGG